AUGGAGAAAACUUCAAAAAUUUGCAUCACCUCCAGUGACAUAGAUGAAUCUAUUGUUAAAAGAAAUGUUAAAGUCACGGUUACCAGGCCAGGAAAUAUGCUUACGGGAAGAGAAAUGGUUUUUUUCGCCGUACAAUCUGCUCUUAAGGUGAAAUAUAACAGUGCCAUUGAAGCCCUGUGGAAACUGGACAGAACGGAAGAAUGGUUUGUGACGGUAUCAAAACAAGAAUUUGUGGAAAAAUUAUUAGCAGUCAAACAAAUAAAGAUGAACGAGGUAACUUUUUCUUUUACGGACGCCGAUAAAAGAAUAAUGAAUAUUCGGGCACACUGGAUCCCCCCAUAUGUCUCUAACAACUUUAUAGAGAAAGUUUUUGCUGAAUACGGCAACGUUAUUAACGUAGUGGAGGAGCAAUAUGGCGCCCGCCAUACGCUUUGUGGGACAAAGUCAGGGCUAAGGAGAAUAUCGCUAGAGUGUUCUCCCGAACAAUAUGGUUCUGUGCCCCAUAUUAUUAACAUCGACGGAGUAAGACCUUUCCGUAUGCUGCUCGCAUGCACAGACAGACCUCCAUUGUGUCUUCAUUGUCGCAAUGUAGGACACAUGGCCAGGGAAUGUCCUUCCAAGAUUCGUAGGACUGUUGAGACUGAAAAGGUGAAAUCGUAUGCUGAUGCAUUAAGUGGUUUUUCUGGCCCUGGGGACGACGCUAUCCAGCAAGUCCCAGAGGCCGAAGGAAUGGACGCAAAGGAAAUAACAGUAGAAAAAGGUGAAGCGCCCUCCCAUCUCUUUUCCCCAGACCCAGUGGGCGAUUGGGCUGAGGAAAUGGACUCGGAGGACAGUAGCUCAUCGUCUGAGAGCGAAAGUGAACAAAGACUCAUAAUGGAUGUAAAAAGAACAGAGCCAACAACAGGGAAAAAAACGACCAAAAUUCGUGGAAGUCCGACUUUUAUUAGGUCAGUUUCGACUAGUAAGUUUGUCUGUCUUUUUUGGCAAGGUACCCCGAAUUUCGCUCACAAUUCAGUCUGGAUUAGUGAGCGAUAUUUAUUUUGGUGGGCUAUGUUUGUUUAUCGCCUUGUUGUGCAGUUUUUAUGGAGAAUAGUUCGUAAUUGGGUUGUUGCUCUUAGUUUGGGUGAGAUUGAUCUCAAUGUUUGGCAUGUUAUUUUUAACGAUAUCCCACAAAAGAAAGGAAAAGUUAUCCACGACAUUAUUUUAUUAGUCGUUGCUUUGGCUAGACGGCAUAUUUGGACCUCUCGCUGUGAUGCUAAAUUUAAAAAUAAGACCGUCUCUUCAUCUGGUGCAAUAGAGGCCCUUUGGAAAUUAGACAAAACGGAGGAGUGGUUCGUGACUCUAUCUACUCGAGAACAUGUAGACAAACUUUUAACUGCAAAAUCAGUUAAAAUGCAGAACAUUACCUUUAUCUUUAGUGACGCAAAUAAACGAAUCAUGAAUAUAAGAGCUCAUUGGAUACCCCCGUUUGUGUCGGAUUCAUUUAUUGGGAAAGUUUUUGACCAGUAUGGUACAGUUGUAAGCGUACUGCAGGAGGAAUAUGGUCCACGUCACGUGCUGAAUGGUACUAAAUCGGGUUUGAGACGUAUAAACUUGGAAUGUUCUGAUGCACAAUAUUAUUCUGUCCCGCAUAUUGUGAUGGUGCCAGGGGUUAGACCUUUCCGCAUACUCGUUGCUUGCUCAGAUAGACAGCCACUAUGUUUAUAUUGUAAACAGACUGGCCACAUGGCAAGAGACUGUCCAUCAAAAACACGCAGGAUUGAAACCCAGAAGGCUGAACCAGAGGCAAAGGUGUCUUACGCUGAUGCCGUUAAUAAUGUGACAACGGGCGAAGAUGCCAUUUGUGACGCCCCGGCUGAACAAAUAACUAUUGAUGAGGAAUGUGGAAAAAGUGAAAAACCCUCCCACCUCUUUUCCCCAGACCCUGUGACGAGCUGGGCUGAGGAGAUGGUGUCGGAAAGUGACAGUGAUAGUGACAGUGAUAGUGCAGGUAGUGAUAAGUUGAUAAUUGAUACAAUGAAAGGGACAGAAGGGGAAUGGAAGAAAGUUAAAAAGAGUAGUAGAGCGAGUGGAAGUCCGAGCAAAGGUGGUGGGAAAAAACCUAAAAUUUAA